GCUUAUAAUUGACAAUAUGUGUAUCGUAUUAUUAUUUUGCAGUAAUUAAAAUUUGUGAAAGGAGUGCCAAAAAUAUAUUAUUUAAUUCGUUUCAUUCUACUCUAUUACAUUAGCACGUACAUUGUGUUUGUUAUCUGCUUUUAACGUUGUCAUUUUUAAACUUAUGCUUUAAGUGGCAAUUGCUAUAAUAAUACCUCUAUGUAUACUUGGUGAUGCAAGUAAAAAAAUUAUUUAAAAAUUCUAUUAGCAAAUGUAAAAUAGAGGUUACCUCAGUAAUUCAUUACUAGUUGAAACAUGUUUCACAUGUUAAUUACUCCUAGCAUUUAAAUUAUCAAUUAGAAGCUGUAUUACGGAAAUUGUGAAAAUAUUUUUUUGGUUUAUUAAUAAGAAAUAUGCUUUCAUGAGGCUAUAAUGUUUAUAAAGAAUAUGACGUUUAUAUUAUUUUUCAUAUAAUAGUAUUAUUACAAAACUGUUUGUACUUUUAUUUCUUCCAUUAAUAUUGUAAUUCACAAUCAUGUUUGGUACUCUGCGUAAUAAGUUUCAAACUGUGCAAGAAGGUAUCUCGGCUAGUAUCAAAGGAUUGACUACUACUGAGAAUCCAAGGCAUAAGAAGUCAACCAAUGCUCGAAAUGUUAACUAUCAUGCUGGAGCUGAUAUAUUGCAUAGAUAUCAAUUGCAGUGGAACGAGUUGCACGAGCUUGCGGAAGAAAAUGCAGGAAAAGCUCAAGAGGCAGACAAACUCAUAGGAACUAUUUAUGAAAAACUUGAGCAAGAAUGGAAGAACAUUACAUGUCUAAAUAGUACCUUAGCUUACAUACCCAAAAUUAAUAAUUCAAUUCAAGAAUUAAUGGAUCAAAUAGGAACUUUGCAAGAGACGUUCGAAGAAGUAGAGGGAGCUAUUUAUAGAUUGGAAGAUUUAAAUGAAGUAUUGGAUUUACAAAGCAGACAACUAGAUCAUAGAUUUCAGUUAGCUCUAUACGAAGAAAAGAAACUAGCAGAGUUAAAUAUAGUUAAAGCAAAGUUGGCUGAUGAGCACGUUGAAAGAGUAUCGCAACAUGAAAAAAAGCAACAGAAGAUGAUGAAAGAAAGGCAAGAAACAUUUGAUGAAGUGUUUAAAGAGCAACUUGAGGAAUAUAAAGCAACAGGGUCUAUACGUAAGUUACCAGUGACUAAAGAGGGGCCUUCUUUAGAUGAAAUAGACUUAGAAGUAGAUACAACAACAUUCAAUGAUUUCCUAGAAAACUAGAAUAUAAUUUUUUAUAAUUAAGUAUUUAACUCAUGAUGUAAAUAUUUAAAAAUAUGAGAAUGUACAAUUUAUUUUUUAAAUUUCAGAUUAUGUAUAUAUUGUUCAAGAAAUAAAUAAUAAUGUUACAGAAAUAUAAUCUUUACACGAAUUACAA